ACUGUUAAAAAUAGUGCUCCCCCCACGUCAACUCUGUAUUUUCUAGACGGAAAAUAUAGAAAGAUUGGCAAAAAGAAAAGUGAAAAAAGGUGAAAUUGGAAUCGUUCUUCGCUGAUUUGAUUUUAAGCAAUUUAUUUUCUCUUCUUGAUAUAUAUGGAAGGGAAACCAGCAUCUGAAAGACAAAUUUUCAACCUCUCAGGACCUUUACAUCUCACUUCAAUUGACUGGAAUAACUUUCAUCAUCGAAGAUCGGUUGCUGCAAGCUUGGUCCAAGGAGUGUACAUUCAAGAACGCGAUCGCCAGGAGAAUCGCCGAGGUGCCCAAGCUCAUGCGUCACCUUGGUGGGAUUUCUUCAAUUUCCAACUGAUCCGUCCUCUCGUAGAUGAUGUUGAUAACUCCAUUUUUGGUGCCAUUUAUGAAAACAAGUCUUUUACUUCCAAUUCCAGCCAUUCAGCUCAAAAUGCUCCGAGCUAUGUUAUUGCAAUUCGGGGCACUAUAAUUAAACCCGCCACCAUAUCUCUUGAUCUCAAGUUGGAUCUCAUGUGCGUUCGAAAUAAACUUCAUGAAAGCUAUCGUUUUCAGCUAGCAAUGCAGGCUGUGCAAAGUAUAAUUGGUGUUGCCGGUACUUCACAUAUUUGGUUGACUGGUCAUUCGCUCGGAUCUGCUAUUUCAUUGCUUAUAGGGAAGAAUGUGAUUAAGACAGGUUACAGCAUCGAAGCUUACUUCUUCAAUCCACCGUUCUCUACCCCGAUAGAAAUAAUCAAGAACGAAAAGCUGAAGCGCGGGAUUCACAUUACAAGCAGCUUAGUUAAAGCUGGAGUUGCCGUUGCCACAAAGGGUCGACAUCAAAAGCCUCAACAAGAUGAUCCAUAUAUUUUACUCUCUAAAUGGAUACCAUUCCUGUUUGUGAAUCCUGCAGAUAAAAUAUGCUCUGGUUAUAUCGCCUAUUUUGAACACAGGAAGAAGUUGAAGGAGAUCGGAGCCGGGAAAAUCGAGAGGUUUGCAACAUGGAAUUCCAUAGGGAGUUCAUUGUCAACUUCACCGGAAAACAAUCCGGAACCUCUGCAUCUGCUUCCUUCUGCCUAUCUGACUGUAAAUUUGAGCAAGUCUCCGGAUUUUAAACGAGCUCACGGGAUUCACCAGUGGUGGGAUUCGAAUUUCUACGGCCAGUCUGAACUGCAUGAGUAUAGCUACUGCAAGUUCUUUCCUGACAUUGCAUUGGAGAAAGAUCUCUGAUUUAUAACAAAAUUAAUUUCUUUUUUCUCUUCAUAUAUUUGUCUGUAUUUCUAGUAUCAAACUUCGAAUUUUCUUCUUGAAUACUUGUAAAUAUUCAUCUAGGAAUUCAAAUCCAUCUUAUUUUUAAACAAGAUAAACAAAUUAAUUUUUAAUUAAUAAACCUUGAUUAGUUAAGUUUA